AUGGACGAGGCCAAAAUUGAGACUAAGCAGUCUUUUGAUGCCAAGAAACACCUGUGCUAUGAGCCUCCCAAUAAGAUCUACACCAUGGAGAUCGGCCUUGAGGGACAGGGUAUUUCUCCCGUUGCUGUCACCGCGCCAUCCCACCUCUUCACUGAGGAAGCUAUCAAGCAGAUGAGGGCUGAGAUCUUCAGCCAGCCUGUACUGGAUAACUGCCUUUACAUGUCUGAGUUUGUCAAGAGCACUGUCCGUGGAAUGGGAUCCGCGCGAGCUCACUUCACAUGUGGCGCCUGGAACAGCGAUGAAGUCCUGGCUAAGGUAUCCGAGGUCACUGGCAUCGAGCUGAUCCCUGCCAUGGACAACGAGAUUGCUGCUGUCAACAUUUCUUAG